AUUUCCUAAAGACGAAUAACAACUCAACAGAAAAUGGCAGAAGCAGCACCAGCUCCAGCCGCGCCGGCCAAAGCAGCCAAGAAGAAGACCUCCGCACCGAAGAAGGCCAGUCCCAGCUGCCAGGAGCUUCUCCUUAAGGCUGUUGCCGCUUCCAAUGAGCGAGGCGGCGUUUCUCUGGCUGCCCUCAAAAAAAUGCUGGCUGGCGGAGGCUACGAUAUUGAGAAGAACAAGGCCCGCGUCAAGACUGCCAUCAAGGCACUUGUGGCAAAGGGGGCCCUAGUUCAGACCAAGGGGAGCGGGGCUUCUGGCUCUUUCAAGAUAAACAAGAAGGUCGCACCUCCUAAGGCUAAGAAGCCCGUCAAGAAAGCCGCUUCAAAAGCCAAGAAGCCCGCAGCAGUCAGAAAACCCAAAGUAGCGGUAGUCAAGAAGCCAGUAGUCGCAAAGAAAUCUCCCAAGAAGGUCAAGGGCCCGGCAACGCCCAAGAAAUCAACUAAGAGUCCCAAGAAGGCAGGUAAGGGCCCGAAAAAGGCUACCAAGAGUCCGAAGAAGGUCAAACAGCCUGCAGCCAAGAAAGCUCCCAUCAAGAAGACCGUGAAGCCUAAAGCCAAAAAGACAGCACCUAAGAAGAAGUGAGCUGCCAUCAGUCUGAUGAUCAGAUAUUUAAACAAAAGGCUCUUCUAAGAGCCACCCAAAUCCUCCCAAAAGAGCUCAUUCCUCUUAUAGUCUUUAUGAAAGAAUAUGGUGUGAUUCCUAACUAAAUGUGCAGUUAAUUUAAGGAGCAACAUUUUCAAACGGGUAUCACAAGCAGUCAUCUAUGUAAUGCUCCAAAUGUACAGUAUUAUUUAAUUUUUAAUGGUCAUUUUCCAUAACUUGCUCAUUGAUAUUUUUUAUUGUUGAUGUACAUUAUUACAUCACACACAACCUACUUUUUACCAAAUCUACUACUAGUUACAUAUAUUGUAGCAGAAA